AUGGUUCGAAGCUGGCAACUCUGGCUCUCGCCGCGGCCGCUCCUCCGGACGGAUACCUCCCAUGAACCCGCCAUCCUGGCGGCGAACGACGCCGCGCGGUUCGAGUUCUUGCAAGAGGGUAAUCGCUGGGUGGUGCAGGAGACGCAUUACAUUGACAACCCGAUCGCCAGGAAGGGGCUCUCGGGGCCGCAGCUACACAUCCACCUCCGCCAAACCGAAUACUUCCAAGUCCAACAAGGGGUGCUGGGCAUCUACAAGAACGAAACCGAGCACGUCCUGACGAAAGCGGAUGGCAUCGUGCGUGUUCCGGCGGGCACGCGCCACCGCUUCUUCGUCCACGCCACCAGCACCGAAGACGUCAUCUUCCGCGUCUGGGCCGACCCCCAGGACCUGGACCACAGCUUCGACGAGAACUUCCUGCGGAAUUUCGUGGGCUACCUGCGCGACUGCCAGCGGCAUGGGCUCGCGCCGUCGCCGCUGCAGAUCAUCCUGUUCGGGAUGAACAGUGCCACCGUGCCCUGUCUGCCGUUCUGGGUGCCGAUCUGGAUUCUGCACGCGGUGGCGUAUGUGUUGGCGUAUUGGGUUGCGGAGGGGUUGUUGGGGUAA